GGACAUUUAAUUAUAAUACAACUUAAUAGAAUAAAUGUUUAAUAUAGGUAGGUAUAGCCUUUGAGCUCGAGCCAGCAGGCGCAUCUAAACGUUAGAACUAUAAUGUAUUUAAUCAGGGCUGUGAAUUUGUUCGAAAGUGUAUUUUUUUUUUAUUUUUUUUGGUGAUUGUGAAACAUUGCUUUGUGCACACCACCGUGCCGUGUGCGUUUCUCGCGGCGAGAUGUGGCUAAUCCGAAUAUUUUGGGCGCUGUGCGGCGUGUUCACCGUCGACAUGUCGCACAACAGGUUCCAACACGCCUACUCGGCCCUGCUGAUGGCCACGUGCGUGUACAACUUGGCGAACGCGUCGUACGUCGUAUGCAAACUGGACCACUGGUGCGUCACGUUCUCGUCGACGCUGACGGCCGUGUACGACCGGGUGUUGUCGUCCACCGCGUUCCUGUCCCGGAUCGCCGUCGCGUACGAGUGCGAGCCCAACGUGUCCCGGUACCGGGCCACCAUCCGGGCGUUCGAGGCGUACUCGCCGCCGUCGGCCGCCGAGCUCCGGCGGCACGGCGCGUUCACGCUGACCGUGGUGGCCGCGUGCCUGGCCGUCAUCGUGCCCGCCAACGCCGUCAGCGUGUACUACCUGUGCAGGCACGAGCCCGACUCGGACGCGUCGUUCGUCGUCUACCACGUGUUCACGUGCGUCCAGAACCUGAGCAUGUGUUGCGUCGAGACGCAGUUCGUCGUGCAGUGUUUCAAGGUGUACACCAAGUUUCGCGGCGUCAACGACGACCUGAAGCGGCUCAAGGACGAAAACGUCAACCGCUCCGUGUACCCGUUCAUGCAGUGCCCGGCCCCGUCGUCCGCGUCGCGGUGCCGCGGUUCGCACCGUCGCGGACGCCCGGCCGCGGGGCAUUCGCAACGGCCGCCGCCGCCGUCCGCCGUCAUUUACGACAGAGACUUUUGCCGGGCGCGGCCGCCGAGUUGUCGACCGAUGGCCAACGCGGUCGAACUGCUGAGGAUCAAACACUGGCUCGUCCGCCAGUCGAUAGACGCGCUCAACAGCCUGUUCGGCGUGCACAUGGGACUGUCCGUGUUCUGUCUGUGGCUCAUGGCCCUGUUCAACGUAUACUACGAGAUGUUCUACGACUAUCGGUCGGAACUGUUGGUCUACUGUUGGCUACUGCAGUACACGCUGAGACUGUUGAUGAUCAUUUUGACGGCGCACUUUACGACGAAACAGGCACUCGAAGCGAAAUCACUUAUCUCGGACACCAAUAACGGAAUUAUGGAUAGUAGUACCAAAGAAGAGUUACAGUUAUUCAUGAAUCAAAUUUGUAGCUCAUCAACAGAAUUUAAUGCGUACGAUUUAUUCACGUUGAACACACAAGUAAUAAAAUCGGCUAUUGCUGCUGGUGCUACAUGUCUUGUUAUUUUAGUACAAUAUCAUUCAGGGAAAAAUGAAUGAAUUUAAAUCAAGAUACAUAUUUAAUACACACAAAAUACACAUGACAACAAAGUAUAUAGUUCAUAUCUAGUUAUUAUAUAUUUAAUUAUUUAACCAACUUUAUAAAAUGUUAUAUUUUUUUUUUUUUAUAUUUUUGAUUUAUUUCCUCUACCGAAGAGUAUAAAAUUAUCUUCAAACGUGUGUCUAAUCUAAUGCAGUGAUGUAAUAAUAUAAUCAUAUUAUAGAACAUUGUUUUAUCUAU